AUGUUGAGAGGCUCAAAGCAAUUGAAGCAUGUGAACAAGCAUGUCAUGGGCUUGGCGGUCGGCUGUGGCUGCCCUAAGCAGGCGGAUACGAGACAGCGGGCAGAAGCAGAAGGUGCGGCAGUGCAGGGUCUUCUAGGCUUCCCAGAGCCAGUGACCUCGCGUAACCGCAGCGGCACAUCACCGCAAACCAUUGGCUCGGGUCCCCCACGUUCGACGUCCCCGUACGGCGGAGGCUCGCCGUCUCGUAGUUACUCGACCGCCCGACUCGCGAGUCCCGUUCCCUUCGGCACUCCUCCUAUCAGACAAAUCCCUACUCCGCGUCAGCUUGACGGUCAAGACGGCUCUCAGGAUGGCAGCGAGCCUUUGCCCGGCGCCUCGUACCCUCGUGGCUCCAUCCCCGGACCCGGUCCCUCAUCGCUAUCGCAAGCACUGAGAGGAGGUUUCGCAGGGAGCCCGCCUCGCUUCGCCUCUCCCGCUCCUGUCGGCUCAGCCUAUCCCGAUGAUGCCUCGUCCUCGCAAAGUCCGAACAAGAACGAAGACCUCGAGGUCUUGCGCCGACACUUGGUUGGUCCCGCUCAACGCACCUCGCAUCAAAACCUUCAAGUCUCUUCCUCGUUCCAACGCAACUCGAACCUUUCCGAAGUGGCCAAGUCCAUCGAGAACGGUCCGGGUGUAGAUGAUGAGCACUUCUCAAGUCUGCAGUUGCAGGGUGGAGACAUGACGAGACACAUCUACCGCUAUACCGAAGAGCGCGAGCGCGAAGAGGUAGAACGCCAGGCUCGUGAAACUGGCCGUCUAAAGAGAAGUUUGAGCGUCAACCUUCCUCGUCCGAACGAGGACGAUCCAGAGCUUACGAAUAUCAAAAUGCCUGGCGGUCUGCGUCGAGACUACAUCCGCCGAACUGCCGCCUCUCCUGCCCCUGAGACACGGAUUUCGAGGCCCAACUAUGGCUCCACCCGUGCUCAGACUGAGCCUCCUGCUCGCCAGCAACCUCAGUUCUUGGCCAAUAACUUCAUCGAAUUCCUCACUCUUUACGGCCACUUCGCUGGUGAAUCGCUCGAGGAUGAUGAUGAGGUUCUUGGCCCUGACGAAUACUUCACAUCCGAGAACUACGAUGAUGAAAACGAAGAUCAAGAUGGUGAAGAACGUGAGUGGGGUGAAGAUAGUGCUUUAUUGACUCCCGGCAAGCGCAAGAGAAGAAGAAAGGAGCAGGCUGGCAAGGGUAGCCCUGGUGGUGCCGCUCUGCUUUUGCUCAAGUCUUUUGUUGGAACUGGAGUCUUGUUCUUGCCCCGUGCUUACCUCAAUGGUGGUAUGAUGUUCAGUAACCUCGUUCUACUGGCUAUUGCUCUGCUCAGCUUCUGGUGUUUCAUCCUACUCGUCAACGUUCGCCUGAAGGUUCACGCCUCCUUUGGUGAUAUGGGCGGCAAGAUCUAUGGACGAUGGUUCCGUACUCUGAUCAACUCGUCUCUCGUCAUCAGCCAGAUUGGUUUCUCCUCGGCCUACAUCGUCUUUGUUUCGGAAAACUUGCAGGCUUUUGUUCUGGCUGUGACAAAAUGUCGUACCUUCAUCGACAUCAAAUACAUGAUUCUGAUGCAGAUGGUCGUGUUCCUGCCUCUCAGCUUGUAUCGCAACAUCAACAACAUCCAGAAACUCGCCUUGAUUGCCGAUUUGUUCAUCGUUCUUGGUCUCGUCUACCUCUACUAUUAUGACAUCUUGACAUUGGUCAACAACCACGGCAUAGCCGACAUCAUCCAGUUCAACAAGGAUGACUGGACACUGUUCAUCGGUACUGCCAUCUUCACUUUCGAAGGUAUUGGCCUCAUCAUUCCUAUUCAAUCAGGCAUGAAAGACCCUAAGAAGUUCCCUCGUGUCUUGGGUGUCGUCAUGAUUGCAGUCACUGUCGUCUUCAUCUCCAUGGGCGCUCUUUCCUACGCAGCCUAUGGUAGCGCAACUAAAACUGUCAUCAUCCUCAACAUGCCCCAGGACAACAAGCUUGUCAACAGCGUACAAUUUAUCUACUCUCUGGCCAUCUUGCUCUCCACUCCGCUGCAAAUCUAUCCUGCCAUCGAGAUCACAUCUCAACAACUUUUCAGCCGCACUGGCAAGUACAACCNNCCUUGGAUAAAAUGGAAGAAGAACGUAUUCAGAUUCUUUAUGGUCGCACUUUGUGCCGUCAUCGCAUGGGCUGGUGCUGGACAGCUUGACAAGUUCGUCGCACUCCCCCUUAUGCACUAUCGUGCCGUUGCAACUCGUUCGUGGCAACGUGUCGCGGACAUUCUGCUCGUCAUCUUCGGCCUCUUCAUCAUGGGCUACACCACGGCGCUUACGGUGAUGAGUUGGGCAUCCGGAGGUCCCAAGGAACCAGGAUAUUGUGACGAGAGAUAA